GAACCUCUGUUGGAGAUGACGUCGUCAGUGUCUGUGGGGAUGUGUAUGUCUGUUCUGUUCACGUGCGCGGUGAAAGGAAAACUGGUGUCAGGGUGCACUUUCCGGUUCCCCAGCACGGCCAUAAAGAUCCAGUUCACCUCGCUGUACCACCAGGAGGAGGCCCCGGCCUCCCCACUCCGGCCGCUGUACCCGCACAUCUCCCCGCUGAAGAUCCACAUUCCGGAGCCGGACCUCCGGAGCCUGGUCAGCCCUGUCCCCUCCCCGACCGGCACCAUCAGUGUUCCCAACUCCUGCCCGGCCAGUCCACGUGGAGCCGGGUCCUCCGGCUACCGCUUUGUGCAGAACGUGACCUCGGACCUGCAGCUGGCAGCAGAGUUCGCCGCGAAGGCCGCCUCGGAGCAGCAGGCAGACACAUCCGGAGGGGACAGCCCCAAGGAUGAGUCGAAGCCGCCGUACUCGUACGCGCAGCUCAUCGUGCAGGCCAUCUCCUCGGCGCAGGACAGGCAGCUGACACUCAGCGGGAUCUACGCGCACAUCACCAGGCAUUACCCUUACUACCGGACGGCCGACAAGGGCUGGCAGAAUUCUAUCCGACACAACCUCUCUCUGAACCGUUACUUUAUUAAAGUCCCGCGCUCCCAGGAGGAGCCCGGGAAGGGGUCGUUCUGGCGAAUAGACCCUGCCUCAGAAGCCAAGCUCGUGGAACAGGCCUUCCGGAAGCGCAGGCAGAGGGGCGUCUCCUGCUUCCGCACCCCCUUUGGGCCUCUGUCGUCCAGUGGCCUGCAGACCCCAGAGUGCCUGUCUCGGGAGGGCUCGCCCAUUCCUCACGACCCUGACUUUGGGUCAAAGCUAGCGUCUGUCCCCGAGUAUCGGUAUUCCCAGAGCGCACCCGGCUCCCCCGUCAGCGCCCAGCCCGUGAUCAUGGCCGUGCCUCCCCGACCACCCAGUUUAGUGGCCAAGCCCGUCGCCUACAUGCCAGCUUCCAUAGUGACGGCACAGCAGCCCUCUGGCCACGCCAUCCACGUCGUGCAGCAGGCCCCCCCUGUGACCAUGCUCAGGGUGGUCACCACCUCUGCCAGCUCUGCCAACGGAUACAUCCUCGCCAGUCAGGCCCCGGCAGGGGGCGCCCACGAGGCGGCGGGCACAGCCGUGUUGGACCUGGGCAGUGAGGCGAGAGGCUUGGAAGAGAAACCCACCAUUGCGUUUGCCACCAUCCCUGCUGCCAGCCGAGUGAUCCAGACGGUGGCUAGCCAGAUGGCCCCCGGGGUCCCCGGACACACGGUUACCAUUCUUCAGCCAGCCACACCGGUGACCAUCGGGCAGCACCAUCUUCCGGUCCGGGCCGUGACUCAGAACGGCAAGCACGCCGUCCCCACAAAUAGCUUAGCCGGCAGCACUUACGCCCUCACGAGCCCCCUGCAGCUCCUCGCGGCCCAAGCCAGUUCGUCCACUCCGGUGGUGGUCACCCGGGUGUGCGAGGUGGGGCCCGAGGAGCCGGCAGUGGCAGCAGCCACCACCACCGCCACCCCAACCACCACAGCCACCGCCACCACCUCUGCCUCUUCCACUGGGGAGCCUGAGGUCAAAAGGUCCCGAGUGGAGGAGCCCCUCGGGACUGUGACCGCACAGGCCGGGGUGAUCACGGCUGCCGGCCCGCAGGGGCCCGGAACCGGGGAGUGAAGGCGCCUGCUGUAGGAGGAGUGGGACACACGCCCUAAGGAAUUCUGGAGCUGAACCGUGAUGCUGCCAUCGCUGCCGCUCGGGGACCGUUCCGAGAAAGCUGAAGCACGGUGCCAAACGGCCAGGACGGCCUCCGUCUGCCUGCGCCCGACACACUGAUCCUCCUUGUCACUCUCUCUCCUGCCCCUGCUAUGGUUCACUGAAAACACAUAAACCAGUUCAGACAGCUGAUUGUAUGAUUCUGGGAGUUGUUUGUUUCUGUCUCCUCCGCCCUCAGCACCGCCUUCCUCCAGGCCUGUGUCAAGGGCGUGGGGAGAAGGGCAGCUCAGCGUCUCAAGGAACGUGUCCCCGGCAGACCGGCCACGAGCAGGAGCCAGGCUUCCAAGCAGCCUUCGCCCCGGAGGACCGGACAGAAACGCAGCCGCGGACACACCGGCCCUCCGAGGGCGAGGCCGGGGUGGGGCACAUCCUGUCUGUGAUGGGUGGGAGUGGGCGACAGAAGAGAAGGGCAAGAACUGCCGACUCCGGACUGGCAAGAACUGCCGACUCCGGACUGUUCUGGGGCCUCUUCUUCCAGCCAGUGACACAAAGUAUCUGCAUUAAUGGGGGGGGAGGGGUGGGCGUGGGGUCUGGUUUGGCGUCAGACCUCGGGUCUUGCUUGUUUUGUUGAAACGUGAAAUUCAGGCUUAAUCGUCAUCUGAGACAAACACAGACGGGAUCACCUGUUUCUGAGGUUUUCUCCUGUAGACGGUUGACAACUGCGGGUGUCUGGGCUGCUCGCUGGCAUUAAUCCCCCGGGAGAGUAAGUCUGCUGCCUUGUCUGUUAACUUCAAGAAAGAUGGAUGGCUUCCUGGAUCGAGCCUCGAGGCAGAAGUUUGGAUGAAAGAGAGUCGAGAGACUGCAGCGCCGCUGGCCGCGCCUGGACCGCGUGGCCUUGGGAAAUCGGGCCCCCGGGGCUCGAGGUGGGAGGAGGUUGCCGACCCAAUGGGAGGACGUUCACACAUGUGUUGCUCUGAAAACAGCAAAGGGCGAAGCCUGUGUCCCCUGUGGUCCUGGUGUCCUGGUGCUGGUGGACACCAUGGGACACGCAGCGCUGAGCGCCAGCCGUUCACACCGCUCUUCUCCCCAAGCUUUCUUCACCACCCCAGAGUCACCUCCUGUGUCAGUUGGAACCAUCUCUUCUGCCCACAGCCCUGGGGCUCUGGGGUCGUCCGCAGCAGCUGGGGCGGGCCUCCCCUCCGUGAGCCCAGCCCUUGCUGACUCAGUGGGUCUCGCUGUGACAUGGUGAGAGUCGAGGGUGGCAACUCCAGGCAAGUGGCAGCAGCCCCCCCAAGAAGGGACCCCUGCACCUGCAGACGCCCUGUGCACUCUGCACCAUCACCAGAGCAGGAAGCGAGCCUGAGCUGGCUGGCCUAUAGCCCAGUUUGCGGGUCAGAAUUAGUCCUUUAGCUUCUCUCGAGAACAUUCUCAGGAAAUGGUAAGUGCGUCUCUGAAAAGUGACUUUACACUUGGCUGCACACCCUGGCAUUGGUUCUCCUGGCGGUGGACACAGCUACAAACAACAGCAGGCUCUACCUGGAGCUCCGGAAGUCCCAGGGGCAAUGGUCGUCUCCUUAGAAAUAGCCUGUCCUCAGCAUUAGUCUCCUACCAGCAAAGCUGCUUGCUCUUCCCUGAGCCUUGAUGGCGGUGCCCCCGAGCGAGCCACUGCUCCCUUGACGCCCCCCAGAGGAAAAGCAGACGGCCUCCCCAGGCCGGGGCCUGGCUGCAGAGAGCUGGCUCAGGAGGCGAGGGAACCUUGAACAGGAUUUCGAGGCAGUGCAGGCAAGACUGGGCACACGUGACCCGGCUGCAGCUAGAGGUAUUCAGAGGCCAGGCGGAUGUGAGGAGCUCCGUCAUGCUGCCCCGGUUGUCCCCAGGCGCUGCCCCCACCAUCAGUCACUCCUCCUGCCUGGACCAGGGAAAUACUGUUCUGGUUUUCUUUCAGCCCCGAACCAGUUGUUUCUAUGGCACUAAACCCUCAGUGGGAAAUAUGCUCUUUUGUGACGCGCGUGCCUGUCGCCCUCGAUGAGGUUGCAGAGAGCUGGGCAGGGGGUGUCACAGCGAGGUGGGCCGUCCUCGGGUGUGGUCACCCUGCUGGUGAUGAGAAGUCACGCUCAUUCCACGUUGACGUUUUCUGUUACCUUAUGUAAACUUUCUUCCUGAGGGUCUGGUGUGUGCGUGGCUGGGAGAGAGAAUGAGUGAGUUGGGCCGAGGCAGCCCACGUGCGCCGACAGCCUCCAGGUCCCCGUUGCUUCUUUCCCUGCCUGCUGCGGUCACUCGUUCUCAGGGCUGCACGUGGCUCCUUCAGGGGGUGAUUGCGUUUACUCGGGGACCGUCAGGUUUGCCUCCUUGAGACAGCGGCGGCAUCUGCAGAGAACAAGCACAGGACACUUGGCCACAGAGUAGUGUCAGCUCUUUGCCUCUCCUUUCUCUCUAUGGUCAGUCUGGCUCUGGCCCUCUGCUUUCCUGACUCCCAAGAUGCUCUGGGUUCUGUCCGUCUUCAGCGAUGCUCCCACUGCACAGGCAGUGGUGCAGGGAGCAGGGAGUAGAGAGGUGGACGCAUGGAACCAGGAGGAGAGAAUGUCGAUGGGUGGCAUUCUGCCACGUGGAGAGCUUGUGCCUUGUCAGUUCCCGCUGGGACUGAGAAGGGGCCCCAUGGGGCAGCUCAAGGCAAGCAGGGGAGGGCUCAGCCUUGGGGGAACCGCCACUUGGUUCACCAGCGCUGAGCGUCUGGAUGGGGUUUUGGUCAUCUGACCAGACGGCAUGCCUGGCUUGUGCCAGAACUUGUCUGGGGACAGGUAGGCAAAGGCACAGGAAUAGCCAGUGCCCGAGACAGACGCACAUCGCAGCCGGGAAGGUCGCCCGCCACCCUCAGGGCCAGCCAAGUGAUGGUCUCCCUCUAAACUCGCCCCCAGAAGCGGGAGUGCCAGACCGGAAUUGACCAGUGAACUGCAGCCAUCAGAGUCCAGUGGCCUGUGAUCUGCCACAGCAUCGAUUGUAGAGGUUGGGCUGACUCCAGCCGCGGUGGGGAGAAGCAGAAAUAACUCAGCCUGGCAUGAUGCUAGUGUCGCUGCAGCCUCGGGUACGAGACCUCCUCUCUGGUCACCUAGGGCUCAGGUCUGCAUGAUGAGAUCAGCCAGGCCGAGAGAUGCUGGCGGUGGGCCGGGCCUGCCUCUGUUCUGACACAGCGUGCUCAGCCCGUGCUGGCGGCUGCUCCCUCUCCGUCCAGGUUCCCGGUCUGCCUCCUGCUUGACCCGUCAGCACUUUCACCAGCACCAAACGCAGAAAAGCACGCUCUGCAUAGAAAGGAAGUCACAAAAUAACUAUUUUUAGAUAGUUGAGCAUUUCCCACCAAGACAAUUUAGUGUAAUGUUGGAAGUGAGAAGCAUUGUACCCAAGGGCUCGCUAGCUACUAGGACUGCCCUUGGCUCCGUGGCACUUUCUGCUGUGCUGACGUCAGACCUCGGCCAGUGUCGCACGGAGCAGCGAACGGAGCAGCGAACAGAGCAGUGGAGGAGACAGAACCCAGGCCAGGGGGGCGGGGUUGGGUCGUGGUGCCCGGUUGUCAACCGUCUGCCUUUCUUUCUCUGCAGAAGCCGUCCAGGGUCACGUUGGCCCCUGUGGAGGGCCGAGGGUCAGUGAUGUAGGGCCUGUGAGGGGCUCAAGUGGACUGUCCCUCUGCCCCCUUCCUUUAAAAUCACAACUUGAAAACAGGUAUGUGCCAGACCGGCCCCUGGUCCUGGGACGCGGUCCUCAGACUCGCUCCGCUGACACUCUGGGGCGCCCGGGCCACUGUGCUGAGAGGCGCCAGGCCGGUGCUGGGGGACCGAGUCCCGCAGGCAGGCACGUGCUCAGGCCACAACCUGUUGGUUUCCCUCUCGGGUCUGGUUGGUUCACAUCUGGGAUUGCUGUCUGUUUUCUUUUUUCUCCAUUUAAGAACCAAGCCAAAUAAAAAAGGUGAGAACGGAUUUCUGAGUUGCUGAAAUGAGUAUUCCGUGAUUCUCGAGCUGGGAGGGAGUGGCCCUGGUGGAGCUUCACCACGGCCAAGGCUCCGGCCAAGCCUCCUGCUCCCUGGCCUGUGCUCGCGGUCCGGGGGGGAGGUUGGGCUGAGAUCCCAGGCGUCGCUCACCUUCCUUCCUUGGACCAGGGAUCCGCACGGACCCUCCAGAGGAGUGAUCGCCCCGGCGCCCGUGGUGCCCGAGCCUCUGUAGACAUCCAGCCCUUCACUGCAGCCCAGAGUCCUCACGGGGAAGCCCGCUUUUGCUUGGAGUCAGUUUCUUACUUUACAGAGACAGACAGCAGACCUCAUUUGGAGAAACGAAAGCUGAGUUGACUGUGGGGCAGUGUUAGAGAACGUCCUGGAGAGGGUUCUCCCCGGAGCGUUCGGAGCAAAACCGAGCGCGGCUGGUGCGGGCGAAGGAGCUGCUUUUCUCCAAAGCCUCAGAUUCUGCUUUGCCCUCGAGGGCCCUGUCCAGGAGGAGGGACCGUCGCUGUCUCGGGAUCCACACCUCACCUCCUCCCCCUCCGAGAGACCAGCUCCCCGAGCACGGGCCGCAGGGUGGCCGCUGCGCGCGUUUCCGUGCUGAGUAAACUGCACUACUUGUUGUAGGUGAGUUACCAAAAAGUGAGCGUGAGACUCUGCCGGCGCAGAGAGCCGCAGCGGCCACAUGGAGCUCCGUCCGCGGCGUGGCCACACAGCUGCGCCAGCCCGUGCGACCGGCCACCGCACUCCUAGUUUCGGUUACAGUGAAAGUGAAAGUUACGUGUCCCCACCGCAGCUCGCAAGCCCCCUCUUCAUACCUCUGCCUAGAAGCAAUAUUAUUUAAUGAGAGCGAUUUAAAUUAUUCAAAUGUGCUGCUAUGAAGAUAGGAUUGCCCCUUGGAUGGGACCCUCACACGGAGGGAGGCUCUUGGAGGUGAGGGCUGAAUGUCACCCAGUUUCUGUCCAUUGUUUUCAAACGAUUUUCCCGGAUUUUAUAAGUUCCCUUCAUUUUAUAAGUUCCUGUCUCGAGGCCUUGUUCUCUGCAUUAGAGUUUGUUCGUGUCCAGGACACGGUUCCUUCCAUCCGUGCUCGUACUGACGUUGCUGGGGGCGGGGGGGCACGACAGCUACUCCCCGGUUUUCUUUUACUACCAGAAGCUGCUAUCUUCGCUGUCAGCCUGGCAUUGCUGCUCUGCAGGCUGGCGGGCUGGGCCCGGCUCCGUGGUGGCGCCCUCUGCCUGUGGCCGGUCUGCCCCGUGCCGGCAGCUGGGCGUGUCCCAGCUCGGUUGGUGUGAGGGCUCCUCCUGGAGAUGCCCGUGUUGCGUGGAUCUGUUGCUUCCUCUGCCCGCCCUCUUGCCCGAGCCCAGGCAUCCCAGCUGCUUGGAGCAGUGGGAUGUUGCGAUACCCCGUGAGCAUUGGUUGGAACUGAAAUGAAAGAGAGGUCUGUUCACUGACUGUGUACAGGGCAGAAGGAGCGGUCGCUGGCCAAGCUGCCUCUCUACCCUUCAGAUGGCCGCAGUCUGCAUGGGGCGUCGCUGGCCCAGACUCAGCCCCCCUUUCCCGGGCUCAGGCUGCGGCUCAGCUCUGUUGCUGGAGGACAUUCCUCAACCUGCCUCCGGAGCCACGUCCUGAGAGAAGGUCCCCGUGGAGGGGCCAGGCCAGGCCCCUGGCAUAGCCAGCGGUGCUGCCUGUUGAGAGGCUGCGCUGGUUUCCCCGGGGCAAUGAGAAGGUUCUCCAGGACACCAGGACACUGACCAGAGGGUGAGGUGGGAGCCGUUUUUGUCUGACGAGCCUCACUGUGCCUCCAUCACGUCGGGGCCAAUGUCUGCACCAGCUGCCCGCGGGAGGGGAUCAGACUCGCGUGUGGACAACCAGCCCGGCUCCUGCCCUGAGAGGCGUCCUCCCUGGUGACAGGAGGCCCUCCUGCUGCCUAACCCGCUGGGGGCGACUGAGCAGUCCCCUGCCCCUCUGCCUGCCCCCUGCCCCUUGCCCCCUGCCCCGGGGACCAGCAUUUGCGAGGCAUCCUCACGCAGCACUGAAAUGAAAGCCCUUCUUUGACUCAGUAGCCUCGGGCCUCUUUAGUUCCUUUUCCUCAUCCUCCUGGCUGGUGUGGGCUGCUCGGCAUUCCAGAAAGCAGUCAAGGAAGCAGCCACUUUAUGUCUGUGCGUCUUUCUUUCUCUCCAGAGAGAAACCCCACUCGAAGGAUUCCCAUCGUUCUUUGCACCUGCUCGUCCUUCUGAUAGCACUUGGGACAGUGUCCUGAGCAGAAAACUGGGGCCAGGGAGAGGCGGCACACUGGUUCUUUGCUUUGCUUGACCGGCCGAGCGCGUGCUGCACAGGCCCAGGGCCCGGGGCAUCUUCAGGUCACGUCCUCCAGGUUUUCCUCCCCUGCCCGUUCGCUUCCCGAGGUGGCGGAGGAGGUCUUCAAGUCUACUCGCUCACCUUUUGCCCCAACCCAAUUACUUUAAGAGUCAAAAUAGAAUUGGCAGAGUUCUGGCUUUUUAUUAUUUAUUUGGGAAUCUUUUUCUGGAAUAGUUUGCUCAUUUGAUUAAUCCAAAUAUUUAUUGAUGGUUUGCUCUGUGUCAGAAACAGUGAAAAGUGCAGGGGAGGCCAGGCUGCAGAGGGAUGUAGCUGUUUGGACCUGCGACAUGCCCUGGAUUAACGUGUAAAUGGCCCGGCGUUGUGAAAUGAUUGUGUGCUGCUUACGCGAAGAAUGUUCUCACCCCAAGUAAUAGGACCUGCUCUUCUGAGUUGUCCCCCGGCGUCCCGAGGGGCAUCGGGACCUGUGCCCCGACUUCCCGCCGUGUUGGCUGAGCUAGAACGAGGCCCGUGACUCUGAAACGGAUUUUUUUUCCCUAUAUGAAGUUAACUGGCCUAAAGGAUGUUAAACUGUGCCUGUGGCCUCGUAAGCUCUUAGCCUCUAAAUUUCCGGGUUAACCGGUCCAGGUUUUGGGGUUUCUAUAAUCAGUAAAAAUGGGAUUGAAAAUCACACAUUUUAAGCUUGGCCCUUUCCCUCCUUCCUUUCAAGAAAAGCUUUCUCGAUCCUCGUGUACCUUAAUUUACACGGUUUGGGUUCUGUUUCAGGCCGGGGGGUCGGGGAGGAGAAAGAGAAGUCUCGUCCCCGAUCCUCACUAGCCUCGGCCGCGUUCAGACCCGCGAGCCCCGCGUCUCCCGCCGAUUCCCCGUAGCUCGGCGCCCAUGAGGGCGUUAAACCCCGUACUGAGAUUCCUUCUUUCUUACCCGAGCGAUAGAUCUUCUGUAAAGAUACUUUGGGGGGUGGGUGUCGUUAGGGGGGUGUGUGUGUAUGUGCGUGUGUGUAUUUUUUUUACAGUGGCUGU